AUGUAUGGAAAUAUUUAUCGCGACGGUUCACACAAGGGAACACCACACGAACCGUUCGCGCAGAAUACCGCGUUCGGCUGGAUUCUCUCGGGUCCUACCGUCGAAACCUGCCCCCGCAAUUCCGUACCCGCAUAUCAUACUAACAUUUCACCUAAUCUUGAGCAUACCUUAAAACAGUUCUGGGAACUCGAAGAUAUCCCAGCCCGCGUUCAUCCGAGUCCGGAAGACACCCAAUGUGAGGAGCAUUUUGUGACGACUCACUACCGCACCAUGGAAGGACGCUACGUCGUGCGUUUUCCCUUUAGAAAUGGCCCGCCUCGCGACCUUGGAGACUCUCGAUUCGCCGCGUUGAAGAGUCUCGAACGGCUCGAACGUCGUUUUCGAACCGACCCAUCGUUAGCAACGGAAUACACCGCAUUCCUUACCGAGUACGCAAACCUAGGUCAUAUGACUAAGAUAAAUCCUACCGAAUUUCCCGCCCAAGCUCCCGCGUACUACAUUCCACACCGUGCCGUGAUCCGUGAACAUAGCAAUACAACCCGACUUCGUGUUGUGUUUAACGCGUCGUGCAACACCGCCACCGGCAAAUCAUUAAAUAGCGCUCUUCAUGUAGGAGCAAAAUUGCAAACCGAUCUAGUAGCGGUCGUCCUCCAAUGGCGACAACCUCGAUUUGCACUAUCAGCGGACAUCGCCAAAAUGUAUAGGCAGAUUUUACAUCUCUGGUUGACGAAGUCUGAUUGGGAUGACGAGCUUCCCGCCGAGAUGUUGCGCGAAUGGGAAACAUUUCAAUUGACGUUGCCUCUCCUUGAGCAGUUAACUAUUCCGCGCUGGACGCAGUAUCAUCCGAACAACAGAAUUGAAUUACACGGAUUCGCAGACGCCUCCACGCGAGCGUAUGCGGCAGCGCUUUACCUCCGUGUCAUUUCGGGCGACGGUUGCAUUACCAAUACUCUGAUCCUCGCUAAGUCUAAAGUCGCGCCGCUCAAAACCAUUAGCGUCCCGCGUUUGGAGCUUUGCGCUGCGCUCCUACUAGCACAACUCAUAGAUUUCGCUCGUUCUGCUCUUCACCUUCCCGAUAUCGAUUAUUGGUGUUGGAGCGUUUCCAUGGUCGUCCUCGCUUGGAUACGUCAAAGUCCCUCGCGGUGGAAGACGUUUGUCGCGAAUAGAGUCUCAAAAAUGCAACAGCUUCUUCCCAAUGGAAAAUGGAAUCACGUGCCCACGCACGGCAACCCCGCAGAUUGCGCAUCUCGCGGUACCGACCCUGCCUCUCUUAUUAAUCACCAACUUUGGUGGCACGGCCCACCAUGGUUAUCACAUUCGUUCAAUCAAUGGCCAGUCAUAUCCGACAUCCCGGCAACGCAUAGUGAAUUACGCGAUUCAAAAGCUUGCGCGACAUGCUCGUUACAAUCCAAUGCCGCCCACCAUGGCGGAAUGAUGUUCGCUAUCAUUGUUGAUGUCGACCGGAAGAAAACAAAGUUUUGUAAUGGGGCGCUUGAACUCGGAUUCAGCCGUUUUAACAGUAACGACUCGAACGAGCCGAUCGCUGCCUGGAUGGCAUUUAACUAUACGCCCAAGCUUCCAUCGACUUGGAGGGGCAAGUGGAUCGCGAAGUAA